GGCCGACCUCGGGGGAAAAAGUGGGCACUGCUGGUUAUGUAAAGUUUGUUGAUCAGAGAAGGCCCACUUCUUGUUCAAUGGAUGAUGGCAGUUGAGCAGACCCCAAAAAAGGAUUGGUACAGCAUUCUGGGGGCAGACCCAUCUGCAAAUGUGUCAGAGCUAAAACAGAAGUAUCAAAAACUCAUAUUAAUGUAUCAUCCAGAUAAACAAAGUACAGAUGUACCAGCAGGAACAGUGGAAAAAUGUAUACAGAAGUUCAUCGAAAUUGAUCAGGCAUGGAAAAUUCUAGGGAAUGAAGAGACGAAAAGGGAAUAUGACCUGCAGCGCCGUGAAGAUGAUCUGAGAAAUAUAGGACCAGUAGAUGCUCAAAUAUAUCUUGAAGAAAUGUCUUGGAAUGAAGAUAAUCACUCUUUUUCUCUGAGUUGCCGAUGUGGUGGAAAAUACAGUGUUUCCAAGGAUGAAGCAGAAGAAGUUAACUUGAUUUCUUGUGAUACAUGUUCACUAAUUAUAGAAGUCCUUCAUUGUAACUAAAAACUAUUCACUACUUGGAGUCAUCUAACUUUGUAUUUUGACAUGAGGAAGAGAGGCCACUGGGCUUUGCAUUUUCAAGGAAAUGGGUUUCUUUUUGGUCAGCCUGAUUAUUUGCAAAGAAAAUGCAAGAUUGUAGGGGUGGUGCCCCUGGCUCAAAGGAGUAGGGUGCUGGCCCCAUAUACCAGAGGAAAUCAGUAUAUUACUUUUGUUAAGAUACAGUCAGUAUUAAUGCCUACACUUAUCAAUAAGUGGUAUACAGUACGAUGAAAUCUACUUUUACAGUAAUUAUUGACUAUAGCAAACUGUAAGUGGCAUAUUCCUUAAAGAUUUAUUUUUCUAUGUAUUCAAUAUUCUGCAUACAGUAUAAGUCAGAACUCAUUUAAUGAACUUUAAAAGAUCCUAUUAUAAUGGGAUCACUGAAACGUUUUUAUUUCAAAUGAGUGGGCUAAGCAUGUAACUUAGCAGUUUUUUACUCUAACUCUUGAGCAGAUUGUUGGAUUGGGUUGAUAAUUACUACUCUGAUUUGUAAAUUCAUUAUAUCUCUGAAACCAAAAAAUCAAAAGUGAGGUAGUCGUCUAG